UCCCCUUGGGGCUCUGAAUAAGGCUGACAUCGGAGGAAAGCCCAGCUCCGUAGCCAUGGUGGUGUUUUUCUGCAUGUGCCUGUAUCGAUCGCUGUCUGUGUGAGGAGCUUGCCAAGAGGUUGUGAAGAGGCUGGCCUGGAGCCUUACUUGUCUUUUCUUUCCUUUGCAGAGAUUGUGGCGGUCUGGGACGCUGUGUCUCAGUACAUCCUGGAACAGAUGAAGCUGGACAAGGGAGUCCUGGUUCCGGGACUUGGGUUCUUUGCUGGGGUCCAAGAGCAAUUCCACAGCAAAGAAGAGGGGCUUUCAGUCCGAAGACCCGUCUUCGAACUGAACAUCGGGGCGCUGUGGCUGCCAGACCUCCAGUCUCCCAACGACAUCAUCCCUAACGAUGUCAAGAUUGAGCCGCUCAACUACCAGCAGCUCUCGCGAGCCUCCAGCGUCCCACUGCACUUGGUGCCGCGCUGCAUGCGGGAGAGUGUGCUCCUGUACUGUCACCUCCUGAGGAACAAGACGCCCGUCCCGUUCGUGUUCAAGAACCUCGGCGUUAUGACCUGCCAGGACAACUUCCUCUGCAUGAGGUUCUUCUGCAGCUGCGUUGAAACACUGGAAAGCAAUGACACCGUCCUUGCACUGAUGCACACCAGACUCUGGAUGGAAGAUCCUGCUGACUUCGGGCCAGAGACCGCCGCCCGUGGGAUCCGCGUGUUCCCGAAGUUUCAGCUCACUGUGGAAAAGAGCAGAGCAGAGGCUGCUGCAGACAAGAAAUCCACAAUAGAGCGGAAGAUGAGUAGAGAUCCAGGUUCACGUGCCAUGCCCGUGGGGCUGCUCUGA